AUGCCUAGGUGGGAUAGAGAGUGUAAUCUGGAACCGUGGAUGUCGAAAACGCUAGCCUACGACGAUGAGCCUAUGCACUGUCAAGUAUUGGAGGCCUUCAACGACAUCUACCUCAAUCUCUCCCGCAAGCCAGGCGCAACGCGAUUCUCCGACUCGGGCUUUGGCUGGAAGCCGGCAAACGGCGAAACAUACACUUGCGAUCAGUCACAAAUCAUCCAGGCGCAAUGGAGCCGAGCUGCGCGCGGAUAUGAAGUCAAGAUUCUCUCGCGCAAUGACGGUGUGAUCCAACUUGACGGUUUCAAACAAGAAGACUUUGACCGCGUCUCGAAGGUUUUCAAGACUUGGUACGGAAUAAGUCUGGACAAUCGGGAGCACGCUCUGCGCGGGUGGAACUGGGGAAAGGCCGAUUUUGGCAAGGCCGAACUCACCUUCAAUGUCGCCAAUCGCCCGGCCUUUGAAGUGCCCUACACCGAAGUCUCCAACACGAACCUGGCAGGAAAGAAUGAAGUUGCUGUCGAUUUCUCUCUCCCCACCGAUGGCGAUGCUGGCGCAAAUGGGUCCUUGGGAGGCGCGAGAUUCAGAGGCAAGAAGUCUGCAGGUGCUCGGGACCAGCUCGUCGAAAUGCGCUUCUACAUACCCGGUUUGGCUUCGAAGAAGGAGAAGAACGAGGACGGAGAGGACGCCUCCGGGGCUGAAGAUGGCGAGGAGACCAACGCCGCCAACCUUUUCUAUGAAACUUUGAUGGAGAAGGCUGAGAUUGGCGAAGUCGCUGGUGACACAUUCGCCACAUUCCUGGACAUCCUACAUCUUACCCCCAGAGGUCGUUUCGACAUCGACAUGUACGAGAGCUCCUUCCGGUUACGUGGUAAGACGUACGACUACAAGAUACAGUUUGACUCAGUCAAGAAGUUCAUGGUCUUGCCAAAGCCUGAUGACAUGCAUACCUUGAUCACCAUCGGUCUGGACCCGCCUCUCAGGCAGGGCCAGACGCGAUACCCGUUCCUUGUCAUGCAGUUCAAGCGCGACGAGGAGGUCAAUCUUGACCUGAACAUGAAGGGAGACCUGCUAGAGGAAAAGUACAAGGACAAACUGCAGUCGCACUACGAAGCCCCCAUUGCUACAGUUGUGGCAGACAUCUUCAAGGGCCUUAGUGGAAAGCGCAUUACCAGGCCAUCCCGCGACUUCAUCAGUCAUCAUGAACAGUCGGGUGUCAAGUGCUCUAUCAAGGCCAACGAAGGACAUUUGUUCUGUCUGGACAAGGCCUUCAUGUUUAUCCCCAAGCCGGCGACGUACAUCAGCAUGGACAACAUCGCGUCGGUGACCAUGUCGCGUGUGGGUGGGGCCAUGGCUGCAAGCCGCACGUUCGACAUUACCUUCACAAUGAAGCAUGGCAUGGCUGAACAUCAGGAGGAGCAACAGCCGCUUGAGAAUUUCUUCCGUGCCAAGGGCAUCAAGACAAAGAACGAAAUGGCCGACGACUCUGGAGCUAUUCUUGCUGCGGCUCUUCAAGAUGAAGAUCUUGCCUCGAGUGAUGAUGGACAGCCAGCCAACCGCGGUAGUGCUGACGAGGACGACGAGAGUGUUGAUGAGGACUUCCAGGCCGAUUCGGAAUCAGAGGUUGGCGAGGAAUUUGACUCUGACCAUCAGAGCAGCGGCUCCGAUAGCGAUGCUGAGAUGGAGGAUGCAGAGAGCGAUAUGGCGGAGGCUGUGCCAGAACGCCCGAAGAAGAAGCAGAAGGUGUCGCAAUAG